UUCUUUCUUUUUGAAUUGUUUCCAUCCAGAGAUGAAAUAGUGGAAUCAGCUCCUGUCAUUGCCGAGGCUGUGUCGUAUUUGACAAAAAAGGUGGAUUCAAAAACAAGAGAUGUAAAAGUUCUCCAACCUACAAUUGCCACUCAGACUGUGAGAACAACAGAGGCUAAUUCCCUUUAUGAGAUGGACAAAGCAACACAGGAAGUGGUGAAUGCAAUUGUUGAAGCACAAUCCUGUGGUCUUGGGCUUGCCAUGAACAAGAUUUCUAUUGGACCUAACUUGCCAAAUAUCAAUCUUCAAAGAUCUGUUGGCCUGCCUGAGCUCCGAAGCCUGCGACGAACAUUCAUUAAGCUGGCAGGGCAGUACAGCCUGAGUGGCCCACCACCACCGACUGAUGCAAAGAGGAUGUUUGUUGACUACUUAAACCGUGAAGUUGGUGCUUGAUGGGUUUUCCUCUCUGAUGUAUAAAUAAUUUGGGGGCUAACAUAUACUUUUAGUGGCGUUGAAAAGACUGCAUGCCCUGAUUGUAUCUUCGGUAUAGGAUUUCAUAAAUGCUGACAUCAUACAGGAAUUCUUGUACCUUUGUAACAUACAAAAUUCUAGGGAAACUGAACUUUGAAAAUCCACUUGUUUCAAUUCGUAUUA